AUGUUGUUCACGCACGCCAUUCUUGCAGCUCUGGCUACCAGUGUCCUGGGACAUGGUGUCGUACAGACCCCAGAGCCUAGAACGACUGGCGCCAAGCAGGAAGAGCUCUGCGGAGCUGCGGUAACCAAGAAGCUCGACAGCGAUAUCGCCGGUCCUAUCGAAAACUCCCUUGCGGUAGCGGAUGCCGACUACAAGUGCAACCUGUUCCAAUGCCGUGGCUACCAGUACGAAGAUAACGAGGACAACGUUCGCGUCGUCAAGGCCGGCGAAGUUAUCCCUUUCCACAUCGACCUCGUGGCUGGACACAGACCAGGACACGCCAACGUCUCCGUGAUUGACCUUGCAAACAACACCAUUAUCGGCGAGCCGCUCAUUUCGUGGUCUGACUGGCCCACCACCGACCCCGACCCGUUGGCCGACACUGAUUGGAACAUCACCAUCCCCGACACCCUUGCCUCCGCUUGCGACGUUGGUGGCAAGUGCGCGAUCCAGUGGUUCUGGUAUGCUGAGACCAACAAGCAAACUUACGAGAGCUGCAUCGAUUUCUACAUUGGCGCAUAG